AUGCCUGUUGUUGCAGGACCAGCUGCAGGGGGCCCUGCCGGUCCCUCGACCUUUGACAAGAUGAAAAUGGGCGCCCUGAUGGGAUCCACUGUCGGUGGAAUCAUGGGUUUUAUCAUUGGAACCGUGACCGUCUUCCAGUACGGCGCUGGCCCCAACGGUGUCAUGCGCACCCUAGGCAAGUACAUGCUGGGCUCGGGUGCUACUUUCGGGUAUGUUGGAUUUGAAAUUCGUGAUUUUGCCCACCUCAGCGACAAAAUCGCUCACCAAUUGCCUCUCCUCUCCAGGCUGUUCAUGUCCAUCGGCAGCGUCAUUCGCACUGAGGGACCCUACAACGAUGCCUGGCUCCGUACUCGCGGACCCCCAAUGAUGCUGCCCCGCGCGAGCCCUCUGCGACCGGUGCGCCAAUGA